GAGGGUUUGACUCCUAUUUUAAAAGGAGAACCUUUGAAUUGUAACGGCUGAGCUACCGGGAUCGCUUGGAGGCUUCGGUCGGGAGCAGGUUCCUGCCUGUGACAUGGACAGAUGUAAAGAAAACUGUGUCUCCAGGCCUGUUAAGACCACUGUUCCCUUCGGUCCAAAACGCGUCUUGGUAACUGAGCAGAUUCCGUCUCAGAACCUAGGAUCUGCUAGCAGUGGCCAGGCCCAGCGGGUCCUGUGUCCUUCUAACUCCCAGCGUGUCCCUUCACAAGCCCAGAAACUUGGAGCAGGUCAGAAGCCGGCACCAAAGCAGUUGCCAGCUGCCAGUGUUCCUCGACCUGUGUCCCGCCUCAAUAACCCUCAAAAGAGUGAGCAGCCUGCAGCCUCCGGAAAUAAUUCUGAAAAGGAGCAGGCAUCCUUACAGAAGACCGAAGACACAAAAAAAAGGCAGUGGACUUUGGAAGAUUUUGACAUUGGCCGCCCACUAGGAAAAGGGAAGUUUGGAAAUGUCUACUUGGCGCGGGAGAGACAAAGCAAAUUCAUCCUGGCUCUGAAGGUGCUGUUUAAAACGCAGCUGGAGAAGGCAAACGUGGAGCACCAGCUUCGGAGAGAGGUGGAGAUCCAGUCGCACCUGCGGCAUCCCAACAUCCUCAGGCUGUAUGGCUAUUUCCAUGACGCCACCCGAGUUUAUCUGAUUCUAGAAUAUGCACCCCUUGGAACAGUCUAUAGAGAGCUCCAAAAACUCUCCAAGUUUGACGAGCAGAGAACAGCUACUUACAUCACUGAGUUGGCAAACGCUCUGUCUUACUGUCAUUCAAAGAGAGUGAUCCACAGAGACAUUAAGCCAGAGAACUUACUGCUUGGCUCAAACGGAGAGUUGAAGAUUGCAGACUUCGGGUGGUCGGUGCAUGCUCCAUCUUCCAGGAGAACCACGAUGUGUGGCACCCUGGACUACCUGCCCCCAGAGAUGAUUGAAGGCCGGAUGCAUGACGAGAAGGUGGACCUCUGGAGCCUUGGCGUUCUCUGCUAUGAGUUCCUAGUGGGGAUGCCUCCUUUUGAGGCGCACACGUACCAGGAGACUUACAGAAGAAUAUCUCGGGUUGAAUUCACUUUCCCUGACUUUGUGACAGAGGGAGCCAGGGACCUCAUUUCAAGACUGUUAAAACACAACGCAAGCCAAAGGCUAACACUAGCGGAAGUCCUUGAGCACCCUUGGAUCAAAGCUAAUUCUUCCAAAUCUCCAACUGGCCACACUAGCAAAGAGUCAACUAGCAAAUCAUCUUAGGGAGUCCUGAACCACGGGCACCGUGCAACUGUGAGAAACACCCUAUUGAAGCCACCCUCCUGGACCCUCAUGGCUGCCCUCAGGGUGCCUUGCUGAGCAACUAGUCCUUGGCCAUGCAUCCAGGAAACCCCAAGAACCAUGCUGCUUUUCCUGAUUUAGUAAUCUGGAGGGAAGGUCCCACUGCAGCUGUCCCUACCCUCACCCUGGGCCUAUGCCCCAAGGUGUCCUUGUGGGGGUCUCACUGUGGGAAACUUAGCAGUGAUCACCUGUGUCGUAGCCUUCAAGUGCCAGAGUGUGUGUGUAACUUAUUGGGUCACCAGGCCUAGGGAAACUGUUGGAAUGGGUAUGUAAUCUUUUAAAUGUCAAAAUAAAGAUUUGCAUAGACUUUGAGUUUUAAGUGACACCCAUUCAGGGUCUUGUUGUUUCCCGUCUUCCGAAGCCCAUGCGGGAUUUGGAUCCUCAGCCACUGUUACAGAGCCUGUGCCUUGUCUUGAGACCUGACUCGGGUGUUUCUUUUUCUGCAUGUUAAAGGCUAUUUUUUAUGUUGGAGUUCUGUCAUGUAUGCAAACUUGUUAAAUAUAUAUGUAUACCAUCUACCUGGA